CUCCUGCAACGUCGGUGAUGUCCCUGGGCAACAACAAAGACCUUCUCCUUUCCAUGGCCAAAAAGAACCAGAAUCUGUCCUUUCUCAAGUCAGACAAGAUUGGUCUGACUGAGGAGGCGACUGUGAAAGUGUCCUGCUUGCUGCAGCUGUUUGACAGGUGUUUGAGGUGCAAAGGUGAAGCGUACAGCCUGGUGACGCACCGUGAGGGAGCUGUCUUCUCCGUCGCACAGAUGUGCUGGAGCUGUCAAUUCACUGUGACAUGGGCGAGUCACUCGAAACUGGCUGAUGUUCAAAAUGAGCAAGAGCGGGAGAAGGAUGGAAAUGAAGCAGAGGAAGAGGAAAGUGAUCAGGAUAUGGAGGAAGAGGAAGAAGAGGAGAAACAGCCAACAGGAAAAAAGAGGAAGAGAAGGGAUAGCGAUGAAGAGUGGGCUCCAGACGUACAGGAGUUUACCAGGGAGUUUGUUCGCCAGUCCUCUGAUGACAGCGAAGGGUCCAGUUGUGAAGAAGACGAAGAUAAUGAUGAUGAUGAUGAUGAUGAUGGGGAAUGUGCCUCUGAGUUGUUGGUGUGGUGCAGUGAGUGCAGGUUGAAGAUCACCAACAGCUGCCUCAGACACAAACACCCUCUGCUCUACUGCUGCGUUCUCUGUGGCUACGCAGAACCUCACGAGGACUGUACUGGCAUCAGAGGAACCGAGAGCACCCGCUAUUCUGAGGAACCCCUUCGAGAGGCCUCUUUCACCAACACACCUGAGGGAGGAGAAGCUGAACGCUCGAGUGGCCAACAGGUUGACUGUACUCUUCAGCAUGCCACAACUGGCAUGAGGAGAACCUGCGACGAGAGCACCUGCGAUUCUGAGGAGCCCCUUCAAAAGGCCUCUUUCACCAACACACCUGAGGGAGGAGAAGCUGAAUGCUCGAGUGGCCAACAGAUCGACUGUAGUCUCCAGUGUGUAGUACUCACCACUAGUCACUUGAAAGAGGCCAGUAGAGGUCCUGAGGGACCAACCAGCACCAAUGACAACCAGGAUGGGACUGACCAUAUCCAACCAAUAAGUGCCACAACUGAGGGUCAACUCAGUAUAAACAACCAAUCGGGUGCCACCACUGAGGUUCCACACAGUAAAAACAACCAAUUGGGUGUCACUAGUGAGGGUCCACACAGUGCAAAUGAUGAAAUCCAAGAUGGCAACACAGGCUGUGAACUUAAGUCUAGUACACAGAUCAAGCCUCCGUUUGCCGUGUACUUCAGCGAUCCGUACAACCUGCAGUCUCACAUGGAAGAGCAUCACUAUAACCAGUGGCAACGAAAGCUCUGCACGGACUGUGGCAAGUUCUUUAUCAAGCCCAACGCUGCAAUGGCGCACGAUUGCGAACACAAGGCGAAGCCGUUCAUCUGUGCGACCUGUGAGAAACGGUUCAGUACAGAGGCGGGUUUACACACACACCAGUACGUCCACAAAGAGGAACGCCUGGUGCAUUGCCAGUUCUGCUUUAAGGGGUUCAGACAAACGGUGGACAAAGUCCAGCACGAGGAAAGCCAUCAGGCAGAGGUACUGAAGUUCUACUGCCGCGAAUGUCCCAAGCGCUUCGCGGACCGCCACAGUCGAAGCGUUCACAGGAAGACUCACUGGACGGAGGACCGGUUCUUUUGUAAGUACUGUGACAAGGGAUUUAAGGAGAUGCAUCAUCUACGGAGACAUAAGUUGCUUCACACUGGAAAGAAGCCGUUCCCCUGUGAAGUGUGUGAUCGCUCCUUCAACCAGAGUGGCCACCUCAAGUCGCACAUGCGCCUCCACACAGGCGAGAGACCCUUCAAGUGCCAGCAGUGUGAGAGGAGCUUCAACCACAACGUCAGCCUCAAGAACCACCUCCAGCGACACCACGGACCCAAGACGGCUACAGCUGAACAGGAGAACCAAGAGUAGGCUUUUGGUUUGCAGCAUGCAUGCAGGUUCCAGAACUGACAACGGCUCAUCCAAAUAGACUUUGCAGAACAGGACUGAGAGAACAGUAGGCUACUGAGAAGUCAAGGAUUUGUUUCAGAACUGAUUUGUUUCUUUGAGAAGUCUGGCAGGAGUCUUCUGACAUACAGCAUGCAUGUUCCAGAACUGCAGAAUAUUCAAGACAUUCCGAUUUUUCACAACUGCAGGAAAGUUCUGGAACAUCUGUGUCUGUGUGUGUGUGCGCGUGUGUGCGCGCGCGCAAGAGAAAAGAAGCCAAGUCACCUACCUCAGAAAAUUAUUUGUGCCAUUGUCUGUCAAGGGUCUUGAUUCUUGACAUGCUUGUUAGUUGUGACAGCCUCAGGUUACUUGUCUGACAUGGCAAGUCUUAUUCUUAAUGUUUAAUUUGAGUAUUUUGGACAUUUUGAAAAGCUACUACAUUGCUGAAAAGUUUAAAACUAUUAAUUAAUAUCGAAUCCCAUUACUUUGAGAUAAGAACCCACCUACCUCAGAGAUACUUUGUUAACCUGCCAUUUUGUAUCAAGGAACGUAUCCCUGGCAUGUUUGUCUUCAGUCUCAUCCUUUGCAUGUUAAAGUUAAGUAUUUUGGAGAAUAGAGCAGGAUUACCUGUUGUGGAAAACCAUUGUGGCCUUGUUGGUGAUAUUUUUUUUGAAAUAUUUUAUUUUUACUGAAACGGCUUGACACGUUUGUACAUCCUUUGAAAUUUCGUACAAUUUCUUUCGUAAAUUUCUUUCAAAAUAUAAAACAUGUUCUUGUCUUCCCGGAUAUCACAAGAAGGAACAAACUGUGUCUGCUUUAACUAAUCCCACGCAAGAGAGGGAUGUGUUAAAGGGACACUGUGCAGGAAAUGGUCAAAAACAGUACUGCAACUAUGCUGCUCAUUGAAACUGGGUUGCCUAUUGCCAAAUUUGAUCUUUACAUGAAAGUUUACUAAGUAAUAAACAAAUAUUUUCUAGUAUGGUCCAAGUACAGUCAUUUUUGCAGCUAAAAAUGGCUAUUUUUGGAAAUUCAAAAUGGCAGACCAUGGAGAGGAUCCUCAUUUUCAUGUAUGAAAAGUGCUAAUUUUCCAGUCAUAAUGAAUACUUAGAAUUUGAUGCUGGUGUUAAGUAUUCAUGAAAAAGGUAACAUUAGUGAAUGGGCAGCAUGAAUUCUGGAAAUAAACAACUAAAAUCUCACACCGUGUCCCUUUAAGUUAGCACACCCUUGGCUAAGGAUCCUUCAAAAGCUAAGUAUAGAAGUUCAGACAAACACGAUUAUUAACACAGUCUGAGGGAAAUCAAAGUGAAUCUCUCAGGUAUUGCAUAUAGCUGCCCUGCCUGCCCAGUAGAAAACGCACACCAGUGAAGAAUUGGCUUGAUGGAGAGGCAUCGCCUGAUGUGCAACAUGCCUUGCUCAAAAUAUUUGAGUUAUAUAUUUGUGUACAUUUUUAAAAGGUUACGAAACCAAAUGCAUGGUUGGAGAAAGUGUCUGAAUGGAGACUGUAAGAAUGGAGAUUAUUGAAUGACUCAGAUUACACUGUUGAUGCUAUUUCAAGUAGAGUUUGGGCCUGUUUGUGCUAGCUCACCCCCACUGAAGAUGUGGCAUCCCCCUCGGUGCUACUGGCCCUGACAAGACAAAAGGACACUUUUGGGGUGGGGGGUUGCAGUAUAUAAUCUCACUUCAGAGAUUCCUCUGGGAGUCUCAUCAAACCUCUGAAUGGGGCUCCAACCUGUCUUUCUCUCCCUCUCUCUUUCUGUCUAUCCAUCUUGGGUAUUUGAUUUCACUGUAUCCUAUGUAACCUAUAGUAGCCUUGAGUUAAAUGUAAUGUUACC